AAAUUAGUAACGCCCUCUUCUUAACUUUAUUAAGUUAUUUAAUCCCGCUUUUGUCUGUACCUUGUUCUUUUUCUUGCUUGCCGUCCAACAAUAAGUAUUCUUCACAUACAAAGAAUUCCGUUUUUCAAACUACCUUAUUCUCGCUGACGACCUCAUCCCGUUCAAACUUUUCCUGUACUCUCUCUCUGUCUCUGGUUUUGAUCAAACAUGAACGACUUACUCACGGAUUCAUUUGUAAGUGGAGGCAAAGACGAACCUCCAAGAGACAGGGAUGUUGAAAUGGGAAGGAUUCCACCGAGUAACUCAGAUUUAGGAAUGGAGUCCUUUUUUAAGCAGGUUGGAGAUCUUGAGAAGCAGAUGGAAAAUCUUGCAAAGAUACUUCAGAAGCUUCAGGAUGCUAAUGAGGAGUCAAAGUCCGUCACUAAAGCUGGUGCUAUGAAAGCUAUCAAGCGGAGGAUGGCAAAAGAUAUUGAUGAAGUCGGAAAGAUUGCACAUAGUCUCAAAACAAAAGUAGAGCAAAUAGACAAAGAUAACUUAGCCAACCGAAAAAAGCCUGGCUGUGGUAAAGGAACCGGCGUUGAUCGAUCCAGGGGAGCUAUGAUAGCUGCCUUAAAGAAAAGGUUGAAGGAACGAAUGGAUGAUUUUCAGGUUCUCAGGCAAAAUAUUCAAGAUGAAUAUCGUGAAGUUGUCGAGAGGACGGUCUUUACAGUGACUGGGGUUAAACGGGAUGAAGAGACUAUCGAUCAAUUGAUAGAGACUGGAAACAGCGAACAGAUUUUUCAGAAGGCAAUUCAUGAAAUGGGUAGAGCACAGGUGUUAGAUACUGUUGCAGAAAUUCAGGAAAGACAUGAUUCUGUGAGGGAACUUGAAAAGAAGCUUUUUGAUUUGCAUGAGGUUUUCCGUGAUAUAGCUGUUCUUGUGGAAGCUCAAGGCGACUUUUUGGACAACAUUGAAAUUCAGGUUGCAAAUACAAAGGAUCAUGUUCAGACUGGAAACGACUCUUUAAAAACGGCGAAAAGCUUGCAACGAAAAUCAAGGAAAUGCAUGCUGAUUGCUAUCAUUCUCGUUAUAAUCAUUGCAGCUAUUAUCGUACUCUCAGUCUUGAAACCAUGGAAAAAUUAGGGAGAGAAGCUUGAGAGGGUGAUUUAUUUACUUCUCAUUAGUUUGGAGAUAUUGGCUUUCCUUAUUAGAGAAUCGUUUUUUGUAAGAUUUGGAAAAGAAUAAAAAGGAGAAACAUUUCCCAUCUCUUUUUACAUCCGAAUUUAUGUCUUUCACACUGGUAAGACAUAGAUAUUCAUUGCCCACAAAGGCACAAACUAAUUUAUUUCCAGCAAAAACUUUCUGACGACAA